GCGCAGUCCGCGGCGCAGCCGCAGACCUUCGCAGGGCUAUGCAAGGGCUGGGUUCAUGUGUCCAGGCCUAUGUCACUGUGAAACGACUCUGUGCACCAAGUCACCCCAGGCUGGAUGUAUUGAUUCGUUUGAACCGUGUACUGUUGUCAGCCUCUCGGACUAAGCCUUACUAGUCUUGACCGACAAACUUAGCAUCGUUCAUCACCACCUAUCGAUCAUGGUACCCUCCAUUACAGCUAGCUUCCCUGUUGCAUCCACGUCUAGCUCUUCCCGCCCAGCCCACGUCAAUCAAGGCUCAUUUCCUGUCGCAAGCAUCAUCAUCCUCGCGAUCACCAUCAUUGGCAUGGGUGCCCUCGUGGUCUGCGUCUUUCUCCGGAAUCGCUCAUCAGCCAGGAUCAAGCGAGGUUCAUUGACGGUCGACAAGGACAAGCCGAGCCCUGUGAACAAACCCUGGUCGCGUGUACUCUCUUGGUUCUCCAAGUCGCGUCGUUGGUGGUCAGAAACCAAGUCAAACACCAAGCACAAGCGGGGCGACAUGACUACUAUUAGCGCGUUGCAUGCGACCUGUACCUUCGUUGCUGCUGCACCAUCAAAGUUUUUUGCCCCUCCUGUCGUGAUGCAAUUCAGAGUGCCGGACACAGAGAAGUUUGUUAUGCUAUGUUCGGUCUGUUGCCCCUUGUCGGCGCAUCAUACCUGUCAUGAUCCAAAUCCGCGGGUGAGUGGAAGCCACUCCCACAACCCAACCACAACUUACACGACCAAGGUGCAAAGUACUUUUGUCGACAUUCCACAUCUAGCCCAACAAUCAGAGCAACUUCCCGUGAGUCAACAACCGUCAAAUAUCCCCGAGCGUGCGCCGUAUAGCGUCAACAUCUCGUCUUCCGGUCAAGAUCGCUCGUGUACCAUCGAGCCACACCAAGAUCAGCCACAGUCGUCAUCUGCUUCACCAAAAUGGCCAAAGAGGACGCUUGCCCGAGAAGAUCUCCCGGUUUUCUUUGUAAAGACUUCACUGAGAUGACGUGUCAGUUGUGUAAUGAGUACCUUGUGAUAUAUUCGUUUUAUUCCUCUGCCUGAAAACAGAUGUGAUUUAAACCUAUUAUCGAUUGUCACCUAGGACAAACAGUCGCUGGCAGUACAACCACACUGCCAAGUUAAUAGACACCAGAGG